GCUGCUACCAGCUUCCUGAGGGCGGCACGCUCGGGAAACCUGGACAAGGCUCUGGAUCACCUGCGCAAUGGAGUGGAUAUCAACACCUGUAACCAGAACGGGCUGAACGGCUUGCAUCUGGCGUCUAAGGAGGGCCACGUGAAGAUGGUGGUCGAGCUACUGCACAAAGAGAUUAUUCUAGAAACGACAACCAAGAAGGGGAAUACCGCUCUGCAUAUCGCUGCCCUUGCUGGUCAGGAUGAGGUGGUCCGGGAGCUGGUCAAUUAUGGAGCCAAUGUCAAUGCCCAGUCUCAGAAAGGCUUUACCCCCCUCUACAUGGCAGCCCAGGAGAACCACUUGGAGGUGGUGAAGUUUUUACUGGAGAACGGAGCCAAUCAGAAUGUAGCCACAGAAGAUGGCUUCACUCCGCUGGCCGUGGCUCUACAGCAGGGUCACGAGAAUGUGGUGGCUCACCUCAUCAACUACGGGACAAAAGGGAAAGUGCGCCUCCCCGCCCUGCACAUCGCAGCCCGCAAUGACGACACACGGACGGCGGCGGUACUCCUGCAGAACGACCCCAACCCAGACGUGCUUUCCAAGACGGGAUUCACACCCCUCCACAUCGCAGCUCACUACGAGAACCUCAACGUGGCCCAGCUGCUCCUCAACAGGGGGGCCAGUGUCAACUUCACACCUCAGAAUGGCAUCACACCACUGCACAUCGCCUCCCGCAGGGGGAAUGUGAUCAUGGUGAGACUCCUGCUGGACCGAGGGGCUCAGAUAGAAACAAGGACCAAGGACGAAUUGACGCCACUCCACUGUGCAGCUCGGAAUGGACACGUGAGAAUCUCAGAGAUCCUGCUGGACCAUGGGGCACCCAUCCAAGCCAAAACCAAGAAUGGCUUGUCCCCAAUUCACAUGGCGGCUCAGGGAGACCACCUCGACUGUGUCCGACUUCUAUUGCAAUACAAUGCGGAGAUCGACGACAUCACCUUGGAUCACCUGACUCCUCUCCACGUGGCAGCCCACUGUGGCCACCACAGGGUGGCCAAGGUUCUUUUGGACAAAGGGGCCAAGCCCAACUCCAGAGCCCUGAAUGGCUUCACCCCCUUACACAUCGCCUGCAAGAAAAACCACAUCCGCGUCAUGGAGCUGCUGCUGAAGACAGGCGCAUCCAUCGACGCAGUCACUGAGUCUGGACUGACACCUCUCCACGUGGCAUCCUUCAUGGGACACCUUCCUAUUGUGAAGAACUUACUGCAGCGGGGAGCGUCACCCAACGUCUCCAAUGUGAAAGUAGAGACCCCUUUGCACAUGGCAGCCCGAGCAGGGCAUACGGAAGUGGCCAAAUAUUUGCUCCAGAACAAAGCAAAAGUCAAUGCCAAGGCCAAGGAUGACCAGACACCGCUUCAUUGCGCUGCUCGCAUCGGCCACACAAGCAUGGUGAAGCUCCUGCUGGAAAAUGGUGCCAGCCCCAACCUGGCUACCACUGCUGGCCACACGCCCCUGCAUACCGCAGCCCGUGAGGGCCACGUGGACACAGCCCUGGCCCUUCUGGAGAAGGAGGCAUCCCAAGCCUGCAUGACCAAGAAAGGAUUUACCCCUCUCCAUGUGGCUGCUAAGUAUGGGAAGGUACGGGUGGCCGAGCUGCUCCUGGAACACGAUGCACAUCCCAACGCGGCUGGAAAGAAUGGCCUGACUCCCCUGCACGUGGCCGUCCAUCACAACAACUUGGACAUCGUCAAGCUCCUUCUCCCCCGAGGUGGCUCCCCGCACAGCCCUGCCUGGAACGGCUACACCCCUUUGCACAUUGCUGCCAAGCAGAACCAGAUAGAGGUGGCCCGAAGUCUGCUGCAGUAUGGAGGGUCGGCGAAUGCCGAGUCUGUGCAAGGCGUGACCCCGCUGCACCUUGCUGCCCAAGAGGGCCACACAGAAAUGGUCGCCCUUCUCCUGUCAAAGCAAGCCAAUGGCAACCUGGGAAAUAAGAGUGGACUCACUCCUCUCCACCUGGUAGCACAAGAAGGCCAUGUUCCAGUGGCAGACGUGCUGAUCAAACAUGGUGUCACAGUGGAUGCUACCACCCGGAUGGGUUACACCCCGCUCCACGUGGCCAGUCAUUAUGGAAACAUCAAGCUGGUGAAGUUUUUGCUACAGCACCAGGCGGAUGUCAAUGCCAAGACCAAGCUAGGAUACAGCCCCUUGCACCAAGCAGCUCAGCAAGGCCACACAGACAUUGUGACGCUGCUCCUGAAGAACGGUGCUUCUCCGAACGAGGUCAGCUCGAACGGAACCACACCUCUGGCAAUAGCCAAGCGUUUGGGCUAUAUCUCUGUAACAGACGUGCUCAAGGUGGUCACGGAUGAAACCAGUGCAGUGUUAGUCAGCGACAAGCACCGGAUGAGCUACCCUGAGACGGUGGAUGAGAUCCUGGAUGUGUCUGAAGAUGAAGGAACCGCUCAGAUAACUAUAAUGGGUGAAGAACUUGUCGGCUCCAAGGCUGAGAGGCGGGACUCCCGGGAUGUGGGUGAGGAGAAAGAGCUGUUGGAUUUUGUGCCGAAGCUAGACCAAGUGGUGGAAUCUCCAGCCAUUCCAAGGAUCCCUUGUGUCACACCUGAGACUGUGGUCAUCCGAUCUGAAGACCCGGAACAGGGAUCUAAAGAGUAUGAUGAGGACUCCCUGAUCCCCAGUAGCCCAGCCACAGAGACCUCAGACAACAUUAGCCCCGUGGCCAGCCCCGUCCACACAGGGUUCCUGGUGAGCUUCAUGGUUGAUGCCCGGGGAGGAUCCAUGAGAGGGAGCCGUCAUAAUGGCCUGAGGGUGGUGAUCCCUCCGCGGACAUGCGCGGCACCCACACGCAUCACCUGCCGCUUGGUCAAGCCUCAGAAGCUGAACACACCACCCCCACUGGGUGAGGAAGAGGGCCUGGCCAGCAGGAUCAUUGCGUUGGGACCGACGGGGGCCCAGUUCCUUAGCCCCGUGAUUGUGGAGAUCCCCCAUUUCGCCUCGCAUGGCCGCGGGGACCGUGAACUGGUGGUCCUGAGGAGUGAAAACGGAUCUGUGUGGAAGGAGCACAAGAGCCGUUACGGAGAAAGCUACCUGGACCAGAUCCUUAACGGCAUGGACGAAGAGCUGGGGAGCCUGGAGGAGCUGGAGAAGAAACGCGUGUGCCGCAUCAUCACCACCGACUUUCCCCUGUACUUCGUGAUCAUGUCCCGGCUCUGCCAGGACUACGACACCAUCGGUCCCGAAGGGGGCUCCCUGAAGAGCCGGCUCGUGCCCCUGGUACAGGCAACGUUCCCCGAAAACGCUGUCACCAAGAAAGUGAAGCUGGCUCUGCAGGCACAGCCUGUCCCAGACGAGCUGGUGACCAAGCUCCUAGGGAACCAGGCCACGUUCAGCCCCAUUGUCACGGUGGAGCCAAGGCGCCGGAAAUUCCACCGUCCCAUUGGGCUUCGAAUCCCGCUGCCUCCCUCCUGGACUGACAACCCCAGGGACAGCGGGGAGGGGGACACCACCAGCCUGCGCCUACUGUGCAGCGUCAUCGGUGGGACUGACCAAGCCCAGUGGGAAGAUAUAACGGGAACAACCAAGCUUGUGUAUGCCAACGAGUGUGCCAACUUUACUACCAAUGUCUCGGCCAGGUUUUGGCUAUCAGACUGCCCUCGGACCGCGGAGGCUGUAAACUUCGCCACCCUGCUGUACAAGGAGCUCACCGCGGUCCCCUACAUGGCCAAGUUCGUCAUCUUUGCCAAGAUGAAUGACCCCCGGGAAGGACGGCUACGCUGUUACUGCAUGACGGACGACAAAGUGGACAAGACCCUGGAGCAGCACGAGAACUUCGUGGAGGUGGCACGGAGCAGGGACAUAGAGGUUCUGGAAGGGAUGCCUCUGUUUGCAGAACUCUCUGGGAACUUGGUGCCUGUCAAGAAAGCAACCCAACAGCGAAGCUUCCACUUCCAGUCCUUUCGAGAGAACCGCUUGGCCAUCCCUGUGAAGGUGAGGGACAGCAGUCGCGAGCCAGGAGGGUUCUUGUCGUUCCUGCGAAAGGCGAUGAAAUACGAGGACACCCAGCACAUCCUCUGCCACUUGAAUAUCACCAUGCCCCCCUGUACCAAGGGCGGUGGAGCGGAAGACAGGAGGAGGACGCUGACGCCCCUGACCCUUCGAUACAGCAUUCUCAGCGAGUCCCGGCUGGGUUUUACCAGUGACACAGACCGUGUUGAUAUGAAGAUGGCGGUCAUCACGGAGCACCUCGGCCUCAGCUGGGCAGAGCUGGCCCGGGAGCUGCAGUUCACGGUGGAGGACAUCAACCGGAUCCGCGUAGAAAACCCCAACUCCUUGUUGGAGCAGAGCGCAGCCUUGCUGACCCUCUGGGUGGCCCGAGAAGGCGAAAAUGCGAAGAUGGAGAAUCUGUACACAGCCCUGCGGAACAUCGACAGAAGCGAGAUCGUUAACAUGCUGGAGGGCUCCGGCAGGCAGAGCCGCAACCUCAAACCAGACCGGCGGCAUGGGGACCGGGACUACUCAUUGUCACCCUCCCAGAUGAAUGGUUACUCCUCGCUGCAGGACGAGCUGCUGUCCCCUGCCUCCCUGCACUACGCGCUCCCCUCUCCACUGUGUGCAGACCAGUACUGGAACGAAGUGGCUGUCAUAGACGCCAUCCCCCUGGCGGCCACGGAGCAUGACACCAUGCUGGAGAUGUCUGACAUGCAGGUGUGGUCUGCGGGCCUCACCCCCUCCCUGGUCACUGCUGAGGACUCCUCUCUGGAGUGCAGCAAGGCCGAGGACUCUGACGCCACGCAAGAGUGGAAGUUGGAGGGGGCACUCUCAGAGGAACCGCAGGGCCCGGAGCUGGGCUCUCAGGACCUGGUGGAGGACGACACAGUGGAUUCAGAUGCUACAAAUGGCCUGGCUGAUUUGCUAGGUCAGGAGGAAGGUCAGAGGUCAGAAAAGAAGAGGCAGGAGGUCUCAGGCACAGAGCAGGACACGGAGGCUGAGGUGUCUCUUGUUUCAGGCCAGCAGCGAGUUCACGCCCGAAUCACAGACUCACCCACAGUGAGGCAGGUGCUGGACACGAGCCAGGCCAGAACACUGGACUGGGAUAAACAGGGCUCCAUGGUGCCCGAUCUUCAAGAAGCUGCCCAUAGUUCCUGGCAAGAGGAGGUCACACAAGGCCCGCACUCACUCCAGAGGAAGAUCACCACCAUCCAAGGGCCGGAGCCCAGCACGCUUCAGGAAUAUGAGCAGGUGCUGGUGUCUGCAAGGGAGCUGGUGCAGAGGGGCCCACCUGAGACUGACAGCCCCCAGGCUGGCAAGGAACCAAGCCUGUGGGCAUCCGAGAGCGCCUUCUCUCAAGAAGUACCGGGAGAUGAGCUUCAGAAUAUUCCAGGGGAGCAGGUGACGGAGGAACAAUUCACAGACGAACAGGGCAACAUUGUCACCAAGAAGAUCAUUCGCAAAGUCGUCCGGCAGGUAGAUUCCUCCGGUGCCAUCGACACCCCGCAGCACGAGGAGGUGAUUGUUGAGGGGCCCCUGGCGGAGCCUGGGGAGCUGGAAGAUGAUAUUGAGUCCUUUAUGAGACUUGCUAAGGUGGAGCUAAGAGGGAGUGGACUGCAGCCGGACCUGCUAGAGGGCAGGAAAGGGGCUCAAAUAGUGAAGCGGGCCAGCCUGAAAAGGGGCAAGCAGUGAUCUCUCCUCCAAUAGCCCCUUGGGAGGGAUGGAGCCCAGAGCCUCAUGGAUUCUAGGAUCACACCUCAACACCCAAACCCUGAACUCCACACACUCUGUCAUGCACACGGAAGGAGACCUGGACCAGAGGGCUACUGAAGGGUCGCACGUGUCCUAAGAUCCUGGCAUGACCUCUGUAAGGGGCUUCCUUUAGUCUCGUAUCCGCAUGAAUGACUGGCUGUAGACGCAUGACCUACAGUCUCCAGGCCUGCCUCUAGCGACUAUGGAUCUCUGUGGGAAUCAGGACAAAGGCCGCAAGAAGAAGGGAGAGGAGGAAUGAGGGAGAGCAAGCAAGCCCCAAAGAGCACAUGGGUGCAGACAUGAAUAAGGGCUCUACUGUGGCUGGGAUGGUUGGUUAAAGUUUGUUUGCUUUUUUGUUUGUUUGUUUGUUUUUGAUUUUGACUUCGACCUCAUUUGUAAGAAACUCACGUGAUCAUUCUGGAACGGGAAAACUGGAAACUGGGUGUGAAAUCAGUUUAGCACCAUCGCCCCCAUAUCCUCGUGUGUCCGUCUCCCACACCUGCACACAACACAUGCCACCUGUAACAACCCCCCCUGCCCCACUUCCCGGUGAAGGGACUGCUCUUCCCAGAAUGACAGGACACAGGUGCACACACGCAGGUCUCCCCUUCACUAGUCCACACUGAUUUUACUGUGACCUCUGAAGCUGUAUGGAUAAACUGGAUAUAUAUAUAUUUUUUUUAUGUUGUCUCUCAGUUUCAGUAUUAAUCAUCUUCCAGCAGAAAUCAUUACCCUGAGAGUGCAUUCGGGGUUCCUUGUGUUUAGAAAUUUGAAAAGUGAGGCAAGGAGCCCCCCAGAUUUGCUGUAGGGCUCAAAGGGAGCCAGGGCCCCCAUCUCAAAGUUCUCUGCUGGGGAAGGGCCUGUGGCUGUCUGAGGAUCGCACCAGCAUGUUCAAUAGAGAGGAGGUUUUCUAAAUCGUCAAGCACUUCUAUAAUAGUCUGUGUUCAAAGUGUAAACUGUACAGUAAUCAGCCUUGUGUAUAUGAAAACAAUAAAUACUAUGCAAACCAAUAGAAACACGUUAGCAGUAUGUACAAAGCCCUCAACAGCUCAGCUCCCGAGGACUUCUCCAGGCUGUGGGAGGAGCUCAAGGCUGUCUUUCACUGGAAGAGGAAGGGAGUAGGGCUGUGAAUGUACCUGCCAGUUCCUAGGUCAGACCACCCUGAGGUCUCCCAGAGCCAACUUGGUGCUUGAAGUGCAGGUGGCCGCAGGCUGGAGGUCCUGGCACAGACCAGACGCUGGGCUCAAGCUCCGACCACCGGCCCAGCGCAAGGAGAGCCGGAGCAGGAUAGAGCUGCUGACCAGGAGGCUGAGGAGAGACCCUCUUCUACCUAGACUCAGGGCCAGGCCAGGAAGGGACCCCUCAACUGGCUGGUCUUGCCUUGGAGCCCUCAGGGAAGAGCCUUAACGUCACACUAGAGUCUCCUGCAGAGGGAGGCCCGAAUCAGCACAAUCCGGCUCCGCCUUGCCCGGGCGGCGCCCCCUAGGGCCAGGAAAGAGACUGGCAGGCUCUUCUCGCUCUCCAGGAGCCACUGGUGGACGGCGCGGUCACCUUCCUCGCCUGCCGCUCUUCGGAGGGGGGGUGUCGUCAGGACACAAUAAAAAACCUUCCAAGUAGCACAGACGCCCCUCCAUGCCCGUGCCCCCACGCCCUGGAAGCUCGCCCCGUGGCUCCAGCCGGCGUGCGCUCCAGCCCCGGGCGGGUGUAGGGAAUGGGGGCGAGGGGGGGAUGCUGUAGUCCGCGGGCGCGGCUGGCUUUCCUCCGAGGGGUGGCCGCGGGAGGGCUGGGCGGGCGAGGACGGGCGCGGGGUCGCCCCGCCUCGCCCCGCACCCUCUCUGUUCCAGGCCGCCGCCCCAGUAGCGGCUCUUAGCGCCCCGCGCGGCCCGGCUCCGCUUUGGCACCCUCCGCUCAGUCUGGCUUGGCUGCUUGGCACGCUGCCCCCCGCCCUCGGCGGCAUGGCUGCGCGCUCCCGUUGCUAGUAGGAGCUGUUUUAGGAGGAGUUUGGGGUCUCCACUUGAUGCCUAGAGAAUGCUGCAGUCUGCACCUUAGACGCUUUUUAGAAGUUUUGAAAUGACCUUGAUUUUUUUUAAUUGUUAUGAAAAAUGAACUAUGUCUUGGCUCUCUCACAUGCUCUGUUACUGAGAGAGACCACCCCUCCCUACUCUGAUGUAUAGACCGUUCUCCCUACACCAGCUAAACAAAUGUCAAAUUAAUAAAGAAACUGACUCAUGGCA